GCGUACACGCCCUGCACAGCAUCGGGAAACAUGGGCAAGACUCAGGACGUCGUGACCCGCGAGUACACCAUCAACCUCGCCAAGGCGGUCCACGGACUGACCUUCAAGAAGAGGGCUCCUCGUGCGGUGCAAGCGGUGAAGAAGUUCGCGCAGAAGGUCAUGAAGACCUCCGACGUGCGUGUUGACGUGAAGCUCAACAAGGCUAUCUGGUCCAAGGGCAUCCGCAACGUUCCCCGCAAAAUCCGCGUGCAGAUCUCCCGCAAGCGCAACGACGACGAGGACGCCACGGAGGACCUCUACUCCUACGUGACCGUCGUCGACGGCCCCACCAACGAGGGCACCAAGGUUGUCGACGACGUCUAAGCGUCGAGCAAACGGUGUUGGGGUACAUAGCUUGGGUUAAGAUUUAGGGACACUCUCGCGUCGCAAGGUGGCUACCGUGCGGGCGCGAGGCGUCUCGAGCCGGAAAAAAAACCGAUCCCGAGGGCGGGCGACGUAGCGCGUUUGUAAUGUGAACUCUUCGUCCUCGAGAA